UAUUUUUUAAAAUUACUGAAUAAAUUUUCUUAUUUAUUUAUGGACAGAUAAUCUGUGCAUGGUAAAUUAACAGUUUGCGAGGGUUAAAUAUGGACAAAGUUAGCAGCAGCAAUCAAGUGGUCCGUAUUGCUCGCAACAUAUGUGCUUUUGCAAGAAAAUGUGUUUUCCAGAUACUUUCUGUUGGUCCUCUACCCAACCACAUUGCAUUCAUAAUGGAUGGGAAUAGAAGAUUUGCAAAACAACAGGACUUAGCAGAAGGAUCAGGUCACAAAGUCGGUUUCUUUGCUUUAAUGACUAUGCUCCAGUACUGUUACGAGUUAGGCCUCAAGUUCGUGACUAUUUACGCUUUCAGCAUUGACAAUUUCAAGCGACGUCCAGAAGAAGUCCAAUAUGUGAUGGAACUGAUGCAGGAAAAGAUAGAAGGUUUGAUCAAAGAAGAGAGCAUAGUUAAUCGUUAUGGAGUUAGGGUUUACUUCAUAGGGAACUUAGACCUACUGACUAAGCCUGUAAGGUUAGCUGCUGAGAGAGCCAUGGCCGCCACAUCUGGAAACUCGAGAGCGGUACUUUCGAUUUGCAUGGCGUACACUUCCACAAAUGAGAUUGUACAUGCUGUACAAGAAGCUUGCAACGAUAAAAGGGAUGAAAUCCGAUCUUUAGAAGAAAAUGGGGUCGUUUAUGAGAAAGGGGAGGAGUUCAUUAUUAGGUUAAGAGAUGUGGAAAGACAUAUGUAUAUGGCUGCUGCUCCGGAUCCUGAUAUCAUUGUUCGGACAUCUGGUGAAACUCGGUUGAGCAAUUUUCUUCUAUGGCAAAGUACUUGUUCUUAUUUAUACUCACCUGCUAUUCUAUGGCCUGAGAUCGGUUUUCGUCAUCUAUUUUGGGCAAUCAUGACCUUCCAGAGGAAUUUCAAAGCCAAAAAGGAGGAAUUAGAGAUUACACAUGUUGCAAUAAGUUCUUCAUCAUCAUCAUCGUCCUCUUCUUCUCAUUCAUAGGCAGGACUCUGGUUUCCUGAAACAGGUACGCUUUCUUUUGACAAGCGCAAACCGAUGAUCUUAAUGGUAGAUUGAACAUGAAAACCGGGAUGUCAACUAAAAGAAACUACAUGUAUACCAUAGAUCAGUUUGUCUGGGUUCAAAACAUAGAUCAAUUACUCUGUAUUGUAUGCUAUUUGCUAUUUAUGUUUGUGUUCAUAUAUAACGAUUUUUUAUAACA